CCGUCAGAGCAGCCACAGCUCAAAGAAUUUACUCAAAAAAUUCUAAAAAAAAAACACAUACCUACAAAAUGUCGUCGCUACAAAUUUCGGAGAUGUCCAAGACCUAUCAGUACCGCAAGGUGAUGAAGCCCAUGCUGGAGAGGAAGCGUCGUGCCAGGAUCAACAAGUGCCUCGACGAGCUCAAGGAUCUGAUGGUGGCCACACUAGAGUCCGAGGGCGAGCAUGUCACCCGGCUGGAAAAGGCCGACAUCCUGGAGCUGACAGUCACCCACUUGCAAAAGAUGAAGCAGCAGCGUCAGCACAAGAGAGCUUCAGGCGAUGAGAGCUUGACGCCGGCGGAGGGAUUCCGUUCCGGCUACAUCCAUGCCGUGAACGAGGUCUCCCGCUCCCUGUCCCAACUGCCCGGCAUGAAUGUCAGCCUGGGCACUCAACUGAUGACCCACCUGGGACAGCGCCUCAACCAGAUCCAGCCAGCCGAAAAGGAACCCCUGCCCGUGACCGCUCCACUCUCCGUGCAGAUUGCCACCCGGGAUGCCUACUCCGUGCCCAUCUCUCCAGUCUCCAGCUUCGCCAGCAGUCCCAACUCCACUGCCAGCUCGGCCAGCCAUUCCCUGCUGACCACCAUCGAUGUGACCAAAAUGGAGGACGACAGCGAGGACGAGGAGAACGUCUGGCGUCCCUGGUAGAAGGGGUUCACAUCUUCCCGAAAAAAGAAAGAAAGAUAGCGAAGGAGAGAUCAUAGAAAGUAAAAGUCUUCCGAGUCAAUGGAAUUCCACCAUUCCGACUCCCCACCUAGUUUUAAGUAAAUACCGUACACACACAAAGCUUUAGAUGAGGACGCGCAGUUCAUGUGAUAACUAAACAAAUAAUAAAUUAUAUAUCUAAAAUGAAA